UGCAAAACAUCCCUUGGAAUGAAGGCAUUGUUCGACUUUAUCGCAUCACGUCCACGUCCUGUAGCACUGUUAGGAGGAAUGUGUACUGAACGCAUUUUUUCUUUUAAAAACUUUUUACAGGUGAAUGAGCCGGUAGCCAUGGCACUGAAAUAUUGGCAAAUCGUGCAGCUAAGCUAUGCCGAAACUCAUGCAAAAUUUGCUACCGCCGAUUCGCAAGAACUCUACCCAACCUUCUUUCGAAUUGUACCCGGUGAUCGUAAUCUCAACAAUGCCAAGUGUCGUCUAAUUAAUCACUUCGGAUGGAAGAAGGUUGGCACAUUAAAGCAGAGUGAUGAGCCUCGUCAUGCACUUGUAAGUUUAAGCUUCGUUACCUUUUUAGGUUAUCUAGUUAUAUUAGAUAUCUCCAGCGACUAUAGGUCUUUUCUGGAAGUUUCCCAAUUAGCGCAUGAAUUGUUAAUCAUCAAUUUAUAA